AUGGCAACCAUCGAGAGCUUUCGUAAAUUGUUGAAAUAUUUGAUAGUGUACUCGAAAGUGCCCGGGGUUGAAAUGUGGACUGCCCCGGGAAAGUUCAAGCCAGCCUCGUAUUAUGUUUCAUUUCAUAUAAUAGUAUAUUUUGUCAGCACUGUUUGGACACUGAAAAAGUACAGUGAUGAUCCAAUUCAUAUGAUGAAAGUCCUUAUAACGCUGGGAACUGCUGUACAGCUCUACAUCAAGUUCUUUGUGGGACAUUCAAAAUCAAAGGAAGUGAUUGUUUUCUCUAACAAAAUCGAGCAGGAAGUGUUUGAGCAAAAUAAAAAUAGAACUGCUGGAGAGACUGUUCUGUUGAAACAAACUGCUACUAUCGUUGUACUAGCAUUUGGGCUGUAUCCAUUGUUCGCGUAUAAUGUAAAUGGAGUAGUGAUGCCUUUGUUCCUGUACGAGCUACCAUAUUACGAUUGGAGCACUACCAUGGGAUAUGUUGUGAACAUGAUGUUUCAAGUAAACCUGCUGGUGAUCGGCACGAUAGCAGCCAUGCUGUUCGACUUCUUGUACUUUAUGUACGCGAUGUAUACAAUGGUAAAGGCGGAUAUUUUUAUAAUACAUCUGGGUGAGCUAGAGAAAAUGCUAAACGAUCCGCUGACAGUGAAGAAAAACCAAUCCAGUGUACGGGAAAAAUGGGUGCAGUGCAUGUUUGAACAUCAGCAGACUACCAACUUCCUGAAUUCCAUCGAAGACAUUUUCGGGCUCAUGUGCCUAGCUCAAGUCUCCAUGGGAGUAUUUACCAUAUGCGAUGCAAUGCUACUGGUAGCAUUGACGGAUUGGUAUCCUACAUACUCGUUCUUAUUGGUGAUGUUUAUCGAACUGUCAUUAUAUUUUUUGAUUGGACACUUGAUCGAACUAAAGAUUGAUGCAAUGUACAACAAGAUCAUCUCAAUGCCUUGGUUUAAGCUCCCAGUGAAGGAACAGAAAGAAUUUAGAUUUCUGAUGAGCAGACAGCAAUGCCCGAUGAUGUUGACUGCGUAUGGUUUUCAUCCCAUGAAUUUCGAGGCGUACAUGAGUGUGUUGAAAGGCCUGUACCAGUUUUUCGUCAUGGUCAUGCAGUAUGUUGGCUGAACCUGAAAAAUUGUUUUGGUAAUAAUUGUUCCACUUACUAUUCACCAAAAUAUGUGAUGCACUCAUGCAAUACCAAUCAUACAAAGUUA